AUGUUGGCGGGAGUGUGGAACAACAUAGCUUGCUCGCAAAAAGAACUGAGUAAAUUAGGGAUAUCGGUUGAUAUGGUGUUGGAAAAAAAAUCCACUUCGGAUGGUCACACAUGGACAUGCCCAUUAACUCAAGAUGGUGACUACAAGGUAAAUGCUAUGAGGAAUAGACUCGACAAAUCUGACCCGAUUGACAUUAGGAGGUUCGAAUGGUCAAAAGAAGUACCCAUCAAAGUCACAACAUUCGUAUGGAGAGCUAAACAGGGGCGUAUACCAGCAUCGAUGGCCAUCUCCAAUAGGGGUAUAACAGUAAACUCAACAAUUUGUUCUCAGUGCGGCGAAAAGGAGGAGACGGCGGAUCAUGUAUUGGUUGAAUGCACAUUUGCUAAAUCUGUCAUGAAAUGGAUCUUAAUAUGGUGUCAGGCAAGAAAUGACAGAUUAUUCAACAACAAGAGGAUGCAACCAACAAAAGUGGCGGAUAUAAUCAUAUCUACAAUGAUGUGCAAACCUGUUCGUCUUCAGUGGAGAUUGGAGAAGAAGGUGGCGGCGGCCAAGGGUCGAGGUCUGCGGUGGUGGGCAACGGUUCAGAUCAGUGAAAAAGAACGGCGUUUCGUUGCUGGAACGAGGCUAGGCGGCGUCGAGGGGGGAAGUCGAAAGAAGAUGGAUACGCCGAUAAUAUAA